AUGACGCUCUGCCGAGGGGACAGAGGUUCUGUGACCUGCCGGGAGAUUACCCAGGGUCUCAGCAGGAGGAAAAUAAAUUUGGAGGUCAGUGAGCCAGUCAACUAUAGCUCUGGAGAUCACAAAUACCUGGUUCAGAAAGCAGCAAUUAAAGGUGUCCGUUCUAAUCCGGAACAGCCCUUCACAUAUUCAUCCAGAGACACACCACAAGAAGCCAUAAAAUACCCACAUCCAAAGAAUAGAGAUGGAGCAAAUACUUAUGCAGUACAGAUUUCAGAGGAUGUUACCCCAAAUGAGAGCACCACAGUUGCACCCAGUCCCUUCGAAGACAUGUCUGUUCGUAGAGGCUUCAUCGUGAAAGUGUUCAUUAUCUUGUCAGUUCAGCUGCUCAGCACUAUGGUAAUCAUCAGCAUAUUUGUUUUCUGCAAACCUGUAAGGAAGUGGAUCAUUGGCAUCCCUUGGUUCAUGUAUGCACUCUUCCCAGCUGUCCUGGUCGUCAUCAUCGUGCUUGCGUGCUGUAGGGAUAUCCGACGCCAAGUGCCUGCCAACUACAUUCUCCUGGCAUUAUUCACACUUCUGGAAGGUCUCAUGCUAGGGAGUAUGUCAAUUUUCUACAAAGCGGAAGAGAUACUAUGGGCAGCGGGAGCAACCACUCUGGUGACAUUAGUGCUUACUUUAUUUGCUCUACAAACAAAAUGGGAUUUUACCAUGCUAAAUGGAGUGAUGUUUGUUUUCCUCGUUGUGCUUAUGAUCUACGGGAUUAUUGCACUCGUUAUACGAUCAUACUGGCUACAUCUGAUGUAUUCAGCACUUGGAACACUGAUCUUCUCCAUGUACCUGGUAAUGGACGUGCAGAUGAUGGUUGGGGGGCACUACCAUUAUGAGAUAGACCCCGAAGAGUACAUUUUUGCUGUUCUGAACAUCUAUGUGGACAUCAUCAACCUUUUCAUUUUCAUUUUGGACCUGAUUGGACGAUAG